CUCCAGAUUGGGGUCACUACAGUGCCUCCAAUAAAAAACACAAAGGCUGUUUUGUUGUCCAUCCCCACAGCCAGUUGUGGGGCUUUAUAUUUACAUUUCGCACAGAGACACAGUUUAUGCUGUUUGGAUUCCUGACCCGUUUGACUAAAAGAGUGGGAUCUCUUUGCAACUAGGUCCUCUGUGCAACCAGGAGCUCAGAGUGGAUGAGAGAAGACAGACAAGGGUGGGGGCAUGAGGGAUGUGAGGGUGGAAGCAGGAGAAGAGGAAGAAAGACAUAGUGGCGAGGAGAUCAUCUCACUGAUGCUGAGUCACAUAACCGAGGCGCCGCAUCCCCAUGAGUCUUUGGGAAUAAUGGAGGAGCUUGAACACACUUGCCCCCAUCCUCGGACGAUGCUGACCGAGCCUGCCAUCUUCGCCGCAGAGAGCAGCUGCAACUGCCGCGCCCCUCACGAGAAGCUCACCGUCGCUCAAGCCCGCCAAGGCACCCCAGUGGACCGUCCAGUGAGAGUCUACGCCGACGGCAUCUUCGACCUGUUCCACUCUGGCCAUGCUCGUGCUCUCAUGCAGGCCAAGAACCUCUUCCCUAACACCUACCUCAUCGUGGGAGUAUGCAGUGACGACCUGACCCAUAAGUACAAGGGCUUUACGGUCAUGACGGAGACGGAACGAUACGAAGCGCUAAGACACUGCCGCUACGUCGAUGAGGUGCUGCGGGAUGCUCCUUGGACGCUCACGGCCGAAUUUCUGGAGAACCACAAGAUCGAUUUUGUGGCUCAUGAUGAUAUCCCAUACUCCUCAGCAGGGAGCGAGGAUGUCUACAAACACAUCAAGGAGGCAGGUUUAUUUGUGCCGACGCAACGCACCGAGGGGAUAUCCACGUCGGAUAUCAUCACCAGAAUCGUCCGAGACUACGACGUCUACGCCCGUCGCAACCUCCAACGUGGCUACACGGCCAAGGAGCUCAACGUCAGCUACAUCAAUGAAAAGAAGUACCGGCUGCAGAACCAAGUGGACCGCAUGAAGGAGAAGGUUCGCAACGUGGAAGAAAAGAGCAAACAUUUUGUUUACCGCGUAGAAGAGAAGAGUCACGACCUGAUUCAGAAAUGGGAGGAGAAAUCCCGGGAGUUUAUCGGCAACUUCCUGGAACUUUUCGGACCAGACGGGACAUGGAAGCAGGUGUUUCAGGAGCGCAGCGGCCGAAUGCUGUCCUACGCUCUGUCCCCCCGGGAGUCCCCCUGCAGCAGCCCUCCGCGUGAACUGUCUCCCCAGCGCUCACCGUCGCCGCCGUCUCCGCCCGACCGCUGGCACAACGCACGCCCCUCGCCGCUUACAUCCCCCAAAGGGGCGUCGGCCUCCGUGAGCAGCAUGAGUGAAGGCGACGAGGAUGAUGCGGACACUCCCACGUGCUCACAGAACACUGCCUGAGAACUUGUGCACGCCCACAAACACGCACUUCCCACACAAAACACUGGAUGGAUACCAAAACACUUUACCUCAAGCAGAAUACACAAGCCGUGGGGAUUCUGUGCAAGAGAGGUCUGCUGUGGUCUGCUGUGUUGUCCAGGUGAUUCAGGUGGAUGAUGAUGGUUCACUGUAUCACAGAGAAAGGUAGUCACACUAGAUUGCUGAUAAGCUGUUAAGCCACAUGCUUGUUUUUGUCCUUUUUUUUUGUAGAGCACUGUCUCUUUAAGAGGCAAUUUUUACUGUGAUUAUAAUAUAAAGAGUCAAGACGGCACAAGCUAUCAUUUUAACACUUUACCAAGGCCAAACCUAGACUCUUAAUUUGAAACAGGAAACGAAAACGGAAACCCGUAACGUGUGAGCGGAAUGCUGGGAAAUGAAGUUAGCUCGUGUGCUUUAAGCAUUGCCCAUUUCACUCAAUUGUACGGUUACUAGCUGAUUAAUGUAUUUAUUUUUUGUCGUUUCAUUACAAGAAUGACAUGGCAACUAAUAUAUAUUUUUGUCGUUUCAUUACAAGAAUGGCAUGGCAACAUUAUGUAAUUUAAUUCGUGAAACAGGCUUGGGUACAUGUCAAAGUGCCCGGAUGUUAAUGUAAUCAAUUAGCUAAACUUUACGUAAACUUCGAAGGCUGACCUUUGGGAUGUAUGGUUUCCACCGACUCUAACAGUUCCAGUCAUAUUAUUUUGGUGAAACAGCUGUAAGAUGUUUGUAGAGAAAAACGCGGAAAAUAAGACAAAUGAAACGGUAAAUUGAGUAAUUGAAUGUAAUCAGAGCUCACCUGUUAGCAUGUGCACAGUCAUCUUGCCAGGAACUUCCGGUGCGUCACACUCACUGGAGAUGUGCGAGUCACGAACGAGUCGGUGGAUUCGGGACUCGUGUGUGACCUGGUGUGUAACUCACGAGUCACUUCAUUAGAACUCUAGUGGAAAGUACUCGAGUUCCCAACACAAUGAACAACUCUGAACGUUGAACUUUUGUCCGACACCUCACUUGAUCCGCUAAUUUUUCAGGGAGUAUUAUGUUCUCUAAAGGGAAGCUCACAUUGAAAACGCCUUGAGAAUGUAUGUUUUUUUUGUAUUAAAAUGUCCUAACAGCUUGGCAUGUAAAUAAAAACUUAGUGUUUGUGUUUUUU